AGCUGGCUCUGGACAGCGCUGCUGCCACACUGCAAGGACGGGAGCCCUACACAUGAUGCACCGGCGCAAUGCAGCGAGCCGAGCAGACAGCAGAGGCCCCCUGCUCUCCGCACAGCAACCGCACCAAGAGAGGUAUGAGAACUGCUCCAGACUUGAGCCCAAGGCGCCUGUCUGAUAUUAGCCCACAACUACAGCAGCUGAAGGCCCUCGUUGUUGUCGUCGAUGACGAUACUAAAGAAGAGUUGAAGUCGUCCCGCUCCGUGGAGACAAUCAACAAUACGUCAAUCGAAGAGCGAAUACUUAGAAUUGCUGGCUACUAUGGCUGCAGUGGUGAGGAAGCUUCCAACGACAAAGCCCCUCUGUCCAAGCCUGAUGAGUUUUCCAUGACAAGCAGUGGGUCCCAGGCCGACGUGUCCAAGGCAAGCAGGAGCAGGAAGCUGCGUUGCUAUACGCAAAUCGUCAUGGUGCACCUGCAACAGGCUCUGUGGGGCGUUGCCGUGACAAUGUGCGUGUGCUGGUCAUGGUGCGGCUCCACCCAACUUGCCAAGGUGACCCUCAGGCGUUUGAAUGCCCCCCUGACCAUCACCUGGUUCUCCACCUCCUGGAACUGCCUCCUCUUCCCCCUGUACUACCUUGGCUACUUGUGCUGCAGUGCGGAGAGGCAGAGUCCUCGACAGAGGUUCAGGGAGUGCUGUCGUUUCCUUGGUGAUGAGGGGCUGACCAAGCGAGUUCUGGUGGGUCGUGUGGUUCCGUUUGGGCUGUUGUGGACUCUCACCUGCUACCUGUACCUGCAAGGACUGCGGAUGAUUCCACCCACUGACGCCUCUGCCCUCUUUUGCUGCUCCAGAGCCUUUGUUUUCCUGCUGUCCUGGGUCGUGUUGCAACAGCGCUUUAUGGGUGUUCGGAUUGUUGCCGCCAUUUUAUCCAUUGCUGGCAUAGUGAUGAUGACAUAUGCAGAUGGUUUCCAUAGCUACUCUGUGUUUGGCAUCUCACUGGUAGUAGCCUCUGCCUCCAUGGCUGCAUUGUACAAGGUUCUGUUUAGACUCUUCCUGGGCAGUGCUAAGCUGGGAGAAGCGGCUCUGUACCUGAGUGUCCUGGGUGGGGCCAACCUGGUGUUUGUUGGUGUGGUCCCCCUCCUCCUGCUGCUGACUGGUGCGGAGGAACUAGGCUCUCUGGGGGACGUGCCCUGGGCCUGUCUCUGUGGGGCUGCCGCUCUGCUACUAGUCUUCAACUUCCUGAUGAACUUUGGCGUGUUGAUAACACUUCCAACUCUGAUCUCUCUGGGGGUUGUGCUCAGUGUACCAGUAAAUGCUGUUAUAGAUCGCUGUGCAAGUGAGGUGCAGUUCAACAGCGUGCGUGUGAUCGCCCUCAGCGUUAUUGGCGUGGGCUUCCUACUGCUGCUGCUGCCUGAGGACUGGGACCAGAGUCUGCUGCAGCUCUGCUCCGCACUGCACCACUACCAGCAGCCCCCAGGGGGCGCCACAGACACAUGCACAGAGACUACACAUGUGCUGAAGAGCUGUCCCUCCAAACCGGCAUCUGGACACUGACUGAACUCUCACCGAGACUAGCCGUUUGUUAAAGCCAUAUAGGGCCAUGCCUGACAAACAUGAAGAAGGGGAUUUCUCACAACACGGGAGUAAGAUGGGACAGAUUACUGGACAAAACAGCUGCUGGACUGCCAUAAUAAGGUUAGCAAGAGAAACACUGUAGGGAGGCAGAAAUGUUAGCUCACUGCAGGGUGGUAGGACUGCCAUGUAAAUAGCUUCAAGUUUGCCUUUUAUCCACUGAAGCUGAGUGGGCAAUGGGUGUGACCUUGGACUAUUCCUGCUGACUGUUUGUUUGAAUGCUUAUGUUUGUUACAUCUGUUGGUAUGAUAACAUGUUUAUAAUCUCAUACAUAUAACCACAAUGAAUUUGAAAAUGUUUAAAGCUUGGCUGCAUUUGUUUGUGCUGGCAACCAGUGUACAAACAUUUUUAAUGGACUAUCCCUCUAAAGUACUGCCUGCAGCUUUGAAAGCACACAUAUAGUCUGUUGAAUGUCUGUGUCGUCUAUGGAGUGUCUCUCUUGACCACCUUGCUCAGAGGUUAAAUGCCUCAGAUUUAAAAGGCA